AUGGCUUGCUCAUGGACGUUCCUCUGGCUACUAUGGAUCGCGCUGGUCGCUGUUCUACUCUUCGCUCUACGAGGUCCUCUCAAACUCUCUGAAUCGCUCGAGAGCGGUUGGUUCUUUUAUUUGAACGCUGUGUUCUUCAAUUCCCGUGCAGUUUCAGCUACUUCGUACUUCAACAAUUUGACACCGAAGUUUUACGUGGCGUUGACUGGUACAUCUAGUCUCGUCUCAGGAAUCAUCCUCAUCUUCGAGUGGUGGUAUUUCAAAAAGUAAGACAUCGAAAAUGUGUUCUGUUUUGAAAAUGAAUCAUUUUAGCAACGCCGGAAUCGAAACUGGGGAAGAGGAGGGAUCCGACAAUGAUGAGAGUGUCGAAAGUGCCAAGACCGUUCCAGGUUUGGUCGUGAAAAUGGAAUUGUCGCCGUCGGCUUCAUUCCCUAACUAAUUAACCCAUUUUUCUAACAAGUCUCUAAUAUCUCUCACACUCUGAGUCUCACCAUGACAAUGUGAUCAAUAAAGCUUUAUAUAUUCAACGGGAGAAUGACUAAUUUCAGAGUGCAAAGUGUGGCGGAAUCCGAUGGCGCUGUUCCGAGCUGCUGAGUACAAUCGGUUUCGGAGAGAAACGAAAUCCGAACCAUUGACUUACUACGACAUGAAUCUUUCCGCUCAAGAUCAUCAAUCGUUGUUCAUGUGCGACGAGGAUCAAGGCAGAUCUGAAUGCGAAAGUGAGCCAGUUUCAUUUUACUUUUUUAUCCCGUUGCAUGUUUUUCUAGUAAUGCAAGUAGCAUGGCGAGAACGAGAAUGCGACAACCGAAUCCAGACGGCGAAGGCGGCGUUAUCCAUCAAUCCAGAGUGUGCAUCCGCUCUCGUUCUACUAGCAGAAGAAGAAUCGGAAACAGUUACACAGGCUGAGAACUUGCUCCGUCGAGCUCUUCGUGCUGUAGAAGCUACGCUAAAUUCUUAUUCCGGUCAUCAAAUCGCCAGCUACGGACAAAACGGGGACGCGGUCAGAAGUGAGUAGAGUCUGGUAUGUCUUGUUUUCAACUACGAAAUUCAGAGCGUGACCUGACUAUCCAAACGUAUAUCAAAAGAAGGCUGGCGAUGUGCGCCCGUAAACAAGGCAGACUUCGCGAAGCAAUUAAGGGAUUCCGAGAUGUAAGCUCUCUUCCACGCUGCUCACUUUUUCUCCAAUUGUUCAUUUUCAGCUGUCGCGAGACCAAUCGCUUUCCCCUCUCUUAUCAGUCCAAGAUAACCUGAUAGAAGCGUGUUUGGAAGUGCAAGCAUACGCAGACGUGCAGAAUUUACUCGUGCGUUACGAUGGAUACGGUGCUCCCUGCUCCUACGAACUACGUGAACCUCGGUCAGCUGCGAUGAGCUAUACAUCUGCUCUUCUGAAAGUUCGCGCAGUCGCUGAAAAGUACGUUCAUUUUCUGUUGCUUUCUCCCAAAAUGUAUUGUUUCAGUUUCCGCUGCGCUGCCGAAACUUCAAUCCGUCGUGGCCUUUCUUCUGCCGAACAAACUGCAAUAGAAGCGCUGACCCGUGCGAUGGAGUUCAACCCACACGUCCCGCCAUAUCUUCUCGAACUGCGUGCGAUGAUAAUGCCUCCGGAGCACUUCUUGAAACGCGGUGAUUCUGAAGCAUUAGCAUACGCGUUCUUUCAUAUUCAACACUGGAAACGUAUUGAUGGGGCUCUCCAACUUCUGAGCAUCGUAUGGAAGGACUUCAUCCCAAAGGUCAAUAAGGAUAAGAACGCGUUCUCUUCUCAACUGGAAUCCGCCGAUAAGGAAUUAUUGCCAGCGUGGCAUGAACAGUCUAUGUUCCCGAAAACCGAAGGAACUCUCAUGAUGCUCUUGCAGACAUUCUUAUGUCUAGCUGUCUGUAUCAUCGCCGUUCUCAUGCAGCAGUUUCCUGCUUCUUCUGGAGAGUUCGCUCGCACCGUGGCAACAGUCGGGGCGCAAUUCUACGAGACUUCAAUGCACACCUUUUCCCAGUGGGCUCCCGGCAACAUAAUUCCGUACCUUGCUUCGAAGCAAGUGCCAGUUCCCGAACUCUGA